AAACAACUUUUCCAGGUGCUCUGUUUUGGAAAAUGGCUGGUUUUUGGUUGACAAAUAAGAGAAUAACUGAUCUAAACAUACGCCACAUUUAUGGAGGUCCGGAGCCCUUUGGUAAACAUAAAAUCGCCAAAGUGACGCGCACCUUCAGUCUCAGGACGAAGGAAAAAGAGGAACAGAAGUCCGAAGCGUUGCAGAGGCGAAUGAGAAGAAGGCUGUUCGAUGCGAAUUCUCGAGGGGAGUAUGUCGUUCCACGAGCCCCGGCAUUUAGAGAGCUUGACCAGGAGGGAAUAGAGGAAAUAGUCACAAGGUUAAACCAUCCCAAAAGCGCACCAGCUCUACGCCAAAGCCUGUCCAGUAAGUCGUCAAGUGAAGAGAGUGAUUGUGCGAAAAAACAGAAAACACUUUCGGAACAAGAAUUAAAUAAUGUUUCAAUUCGUUUGCACAAUCACGAAACACACAUGAGCCGGAUGAGAAGCGGAAAGGGAGAUCGAUUUCCGCUUCCGUGUAGCAGGAUCAAUGUGAGUAGAUCGAAUAGUUCACGGCAUUAA